ACCUGCCUUGAGAAUAGCAAGGAAUUCGCGAACACCGGUUGCUCUCCUCCUUCCUCCAUCUCUACCGUUUCUUCUUCCGUUUCUGCUCUCGCUUCUUCUCCCGCUUCUGCUCCCGCUUCUGCUCCUGCCUCACACUCUCAAUUGAGCCUGGCACCCCCAUCGACCCCCAAUGAAGUCAUCCGCAGCCAACCUAGCACAAGGGGCUCAAGCCCAGCCACUGUCUGCCAUAUACUGGCAUCUGGUUCAGACAUAGGAAGCCCGACGACUAGUGCCGACAGGGCUUCCUUGUCAUCUGCAGAUAGGCAACAUUUAUUGCAGCCGAGUUUAACGCAUAAUGAUCUGUUCCCAGCAAGAAAAAGCCGUUUCAGUAAUGGCUAUCGCUAUUACCGUGGUCGUCUUAUCCAAACAGACCUUUCGCAUAUAUCAAUGCUAGCAGGCUCCAGAUCAACGCCUGACUCACACUCCUCUCUGUCUGGCCUAGAAUCGGAGACCAGUCGACCAAAUAAUGAUGAUAAACUAACGUCUACUUCUGGUCCAUUGCCCGUAUCUGCGGCUUUAUUGGAUGUAUUUCAAUUGCAGUCUCUUGGACUGCCACGCCACGAAAAUAAGAUCCGCAUCUCUUCUGGUACCGCCUUUUCAGCUCAUCCAGCUCUCCUUACCGAUGUCUUUAUGUCAAUGGAACCAAAUGCAAAUACCCACGAAAACCCUAUUUCCUCGAUGAGCCUCGUCACUACUGUGUCGAGCCAAGCUACAAGCCCAGACUCCGAUGUCGGUCAUUUUACGUCAUACUCCAAGUAUCCACUUACAGCUGCGGGCGGCGAGGCUAGCCACUGCAAUGACAGUGCCACUGAGUGUACAAGUAAGCGGCUCGAAAACUCUUAUAGUCAUAGCGAUAACAUCGUCCAAGGAGCUAGCCCAACAGAAGCUGCAGAGAUUCACGUGCCUCAGGACAUAGUUAUAUUCUCUGCCUUGCAACCUCUUUAUUCAUUAUCCCCGGCUACCUGUCUACCACCAUCUGCCUCGGUGACCUCCAUUGUAUCCUCAUCUUCAAACAACUCUUCGCCUUCUGCUUUUUCAUUCCAUAUAUCGCCAUCUGCAGAUUCCUCAGACCUAUAUAGGAAAGGUCAAGGCGAUACAAACUCUGAAGCUACCGUAGACAGGACCUAUCUAUUCGAGGACCUACUGACGCCUGGAUCAGAUUCGAAUGGUCGUCGGAUGUGGGAGGACAUGCAAUUCUGGGAGGACGCCUUUUUAGACUCGGUCUCCCAAGAGAGAGAUAUCAUGGUCUAA